AUGUUGUCGCGUCUUGGAGUCGGUCACACUGCCAGAAUAUCAAACAGAUUUAUCAAACCAUCUUUGAUCAGAGGUAUAAAAACUAUUCCUCAACCACCUGGAUUCAUUGUUGGUACCGUUAAUGACGCUUAUGUUGGACCAAAACCACACAAGUUGGAAGGCUCAUACCACUGGACACUUGAAAGAUUAGUAAGUGCUGGUUUGGUGCCCUUGGUCUUGGCCCCAAUGUUGACUGGUGCAUCAACUUUUGUCGACUCGACCUUGAGUGCAUUGUUAUUGUACCACUGUUAUGCCGGUUUCCAAUCUUGUAUCAUAGAUUAUAUCCCAAAAAGAGUGUAUGGAUCAUGGUUCAACUACGCUAUGUAUCUUUUAACUUUUGGAACGGGUGUUGCUGGUUACGGUAUCUAUGAGAUUGAAAAGAAAGAGGGCGGAGUAAGUACCAUAAUCUCGAAAUUAUGGAAAGCAUAA